AUGCAACUGCCAAGGACGCUUUUGAUAGGUACCGGUGGUGUGGGUACCAUUGUAGCCUACGGGCUUAAAUACACUGGCAAGACCACAGUUUCGGUGGUUGUUAAAAGUGAUUAUCCCAGGGUCAAAGAGGCUGGUUGGGAAAUCAACUCAUGCGAUUAUGGAAAAGUUGAAAACUGGAAACCAGAUCAUAUUUACCCAACGGUUGAAGCUGCGUCGGCCAAUGGGGACUACGACUAUGUUGUUAUCACAACGAAGAACUUACCAGAUAUUGUCAAACCUGAAGAAGUUGCCGCACCGGUGAUCACACCGGGCAAAACCACUAUUGUUCUGAUCCAAAAUGGAUUUGAUUUGGGGCGUCCCUUUAUUGCCAAAUAUCCGAAUAAUUUUUGCUUAUCAGGUGUCUCUCAUAUCGGCUCGCAUAACCAUAAUGGAGUAAUCAGCCAGACCCAAAAUGACAAGUGUUUGAUCAGCUACUUUUCCAACCCAACCUUUAGUAAGGAGGAGCAAGAGGAAAAGGCUAAAGAGUUUGUCAGCUUGUAUAGUAAUGACAGAAACACGAUUUCUUACUUUCCCGAUGUUAAGUGGUACAGAUACAGAAAAUUGGUCUAUAAUGCGACGCUCAAUACCGCAUGUGCUUUGACUAGAGUCGAUACUGGUAGGUUGGAAUAUUCAGGUGCAUUAGAGGCUGUCUCUGUUCCAGCGAUGCGUGAGGUCAUCAAGGUUGCCAAAGCGGAUGGCGUUGAAUUACCUGCUGAUGUUAUCAACUCAGUUGUUCACUCGGAUGAUGGUGAUUACUUCAAGCCGUCUAUGCUUGUUGACGUUGAGAAGGGUAAUCCGAUCGAGCUGGAGGUCAUCUUGGGCAAUCUUUUGAUUGUCGCAAAUGAACUUAACGUGGAAACUCCAACUUUGACUGUCUUGUACAAUCUACUCAAGGCGACUCAACUAAAGUUAAAGGAAAACAGGGGACUAGUAAGUCUUCCUCAAAAAAGACCUAUUACGGAUAAAUUUUUUUCUUAG